AUGGCAUCAUCAGGCAACCGCGGUACGCGACCCAACGGAGGAACCGCACCCUCAACACACUCCGCGUCCAAUGAAAUCCCUCGCAGACCGACGGCGUCUGUGAUGAUCGCUCGUGGACGAAGACGCGCGAAGUAUUCUCGCGCCGGGUGUAUUUCCUGCAAAUUUCGAAAGAAGAGGUGCGAUGAGCGGAAGCCCGUCUGUGAGGCCUGCGAGCGCAACAUCCUCAUCUGCAAAUGGCCCGACCUGGCAGACAACUCACCGACCCCGGGCCCGGGCCCGGUGACUGAGCGGGCAGAGCAAGCCAGGCAAAGGCAGAAGGGGACGCCGUUGGACUUGAGCCACGUCGGCGGCGGUGGUGGUGAUGGUGAUGUCGCAGGCCCGGCGACAUCACCAUCUCGAUCCUCGUGGCACGGUUCCGUGUCAGCCGACCAAAGGCCCAUUUCAUUAAGUGAGACUGUGCCGACGAUAGAUCUUCCAGGGCACACAGCCACGCCCAUGCUCACAAUUGACCACAUCUAUCAUCCAAACCGCUCGACGGGCGUCUUGCGAGAUCCAAUUUCCCACAUGUUGUUUGACCAUUACGUCCAUGAACUUGCCAGGAACUGCGCUGCGAUUCCCGACGAAGACAAUCCAUUCUUGACCAAAGUAUUGCUCAUGGCCAUGUCCAACGACCUGGUGAUGCAAGGCGUCCUCUAUUUCAGCGGGACACACCAUCCCAACCAGUCCCCGUCGACUCGCGAGACGACGUUGACGCACUACGCUCAGGCCGUCCGCGGGCUGAAAUACGGGCUCACGGCCAUGGACUCGGGCGGCGGAGGCGGCGGCAACGACACGGACGACGUGGUGGCUUUGCUGUUGACGGCAUAUUUCUUACUCAGCACCGAGAUCACGAAUGGAAACGCCGCGGUUGAGUCUUUUCAUCAUCUGAAAGCCAUCCAAACGUUCCUCACCCGCGUCCAGAAGACGAAGCAGCCGCUGGAUGACUCGGUCUACGGCUUCCUGGUGGAAGCGUACGCCUACAUUGCCGUCAUCGCCGACUUUUCCAUGACCAUCUACGCGGAAGAGUGGCGGUGUGAAGAUUCCACCAUCCUGUAUUCGACUCGGCUGCCCGGGAUGCAUUGCGGAUGUGCCGCCUCCCUCUUCGCCUUGAUCCCGUCCAUCACCACCCUGGCCAGCAAUUUGGCGUGGGAGCGAAAGAAUCGGUCUUUUCUCGACGUCUUGCACACAGAAGGAGGAGGAGGAGGAGGAGGAGGAGAUGAAGAAGAAGAAGAAGAAGAAGAAGAAGAAGAAGAAGAAGAAGAAGAAGAAGAAGAAGAAGAAGAGGCGUACACGCCGCUCACCACCCGUUUCUACCAUUCGCUCCACCGACAAAUCUCGAACUGGACGGUACCUCGACACAUCACCGACCCGGCAUCGAUAGCCUUCGGCCGGAUCUACCAGGAAGCCAUGCUGCUCUGUCUCCAGAUCACGUUUUACCAAUACCGCCGCGGUCGACGACGGGCCGAAUUGUCGACGAUGGUCCAGGCCCACGUCGACCACAUCAUCGCCCUGUUCGAGCACUACAUCCCCGCGCACUCGACCGUCAACACCACCAUCUGCUGGCCGCUCGCCAUUCUCGGAUCCUGCGUGACCACGGCGCCGGAUCGAGCUUUCGUCACCCGCCGCCUGGACGACAUGUACGCCCGCUUCCACUUCGGCAACCUGCUCGAGACGAGGAACUUUCUCCACACCCUGUGGGACCAGAGGGACCAGAGCGAUCGAGAAGCCUCCUCCUCCUCCUCAGGCUCCUCAGGCUCCAACAUGUUCAUGAGCCCGAUCGAUAUCCAACACGCCAUUUGGACCCAGAACAGGACCAUAGUUUUUGUAUGA